AGAAGAUGAUGGUAUGAUAAUGAAAGCAACUUCUCUACCCUUGGUCUCGGCUCCCACAGACCACUCCUGUCCCACCGGCGCAAACAAUGGGGGUGAAAACCGACGCACCCCCGUCGGAAAGAAAGCGGCAAGACGCUACAGUUCCCAGGGGGCUUUGCGGACCCGGAGUCAAGCGCAGUGACGGCUUUCAGUCGCUAGAUAACGCAAACCAAACGCUUCCAUAGAGAUAAUUAUACGCAGAGGCUAGCGGCAGCGUUGCCACGCGGCUUCCCUUGAUCUCGCGAGGCCAUCGGCCCUCACUUGAGGCGCCCGCCUGGAGAGCGCACCCAGGCCUUUCCGGUGUUCCCUCUCACCCGCGUGAGACAUGAUGGAGGAGGGCGAGAGUUGCGACGCCGAGAGCCUUUUCUCGCUGGAGCUGCUGGUGGAGUCGGCACGCGUGGAGCCGCGGCUGCUCCCGGCGCCCUUGCCCGCCAUCGGCCCCUUCCGCCCGGCGGUGGCGCUGCGGCUGCUGGACUUCCCAACGCUCCUGGUGCGCGCCCCGCACGCCGUGCCGGGGCCGCUGGUGCCCUUCGGGCGGGGCAAGUCGUGCCUCUUCAGGCUGCGGCCGGACGCUCUCAAGGGCCUGCUGAGGCGCUCGCCGCUCUGCGCGCUGCUCUUGGCGCUGCCCCCCACGCCAGGACCUGCCCGCCUGCUCGGCUCCUCCAGCGUCUCGCUGGCGGCCGCUGCCGAGGAGCUGCUGCAGGGCACCGGCCCAGGGGGCCGAAGGGGCCUCUUCCCGCUCCGGGACCUGAUGGGGGAGUCGGUGGGGGAACUCGGGCUGAGCUAUCGCCUCACCAACCUGGGCGCCAACCUGCUCGGACACUUGGGGCAGGGGGCAGCCCCCGACCAGCAGCGCGCUGAGGAGGAGGACGACGAGCAACUGCCUCCGCCGCCCCCACCGUCUCCGCCCCCCCUCUUCCCGCCGAGUACCCACGAGAGAAAGGUCCACAGCCUCGAGCUCAUCCCAGAGGGGGAGGAGGACCAGGACCCAGCCCCAGAAGGGAGCAGCCCCAGCCUGCGCUCCUUCAGCAGCAUCGCUACAGAGCCACAGCCCGGCGACUCUAGCCCUAGCAGAGACCUUAUCAGGGAGCUGGACAACGAGGCCAAUGUCUUUUGCCCACCUCCCAUGUACUACAGCCGUGCAUCCGACACUCCCCGCCUGACGCCUAGAAUCCCAGUGUCAGUGCCAGUGGCUACACCGCGGAAGUCUUUUCAGAAAGAGGACAGUGCCCCUCCGUUUUCGGUGCCUGUUAAGGGGAGGCCUCCAAGUGGGGCCAAAGAGACUGCCGCCCUCUCACUCACGACACCUGGCAGCCCUGAGCUGCUCAAGCAAACCUUGAGCCAGCUGCCUCUGCUGAAUGCCUUACUGGUGGAGCUGUCCCUGCUGAACAACCAGCCCCUAAAACCAGGGCCUUCCACUGUGCACCCUCAGUUAGCAUGGCUAUACCGAAAUGUAGAAGAAGGUACAAAUGCUCUACCUCCCAGUGCCAAGAGUGCAUGUCCUUGCUGGGAAGAGAAGAAAACCACUCCUCACCGCAAAGAAAGGGAGAGGUUAGCUAGCCCCAAAUUAAAAAGAAACCGCCCAGAUCGUUUAAAAUGUCUCUCUCCUACCAUGCUACUUAGCAAUACUGGUAAAGGAUAUACAAAAAUUGCUGCCUCUGAAAAACAUGGUACAGAAAGAUAUAAUACCAAGGAAAACUCUCCCCCUCGAAGAAAGCUUACUUAUGGGCUAACAAAUACGCUAUGGCUUCGGCUGCAGCGGACCAACCCAAGUAUGAUAAAUGCUCAUGAAAAAAAGGAACAACAUCGUAGGAAAAAAGCAGAUCUGUUGGUUGAAAAGAAAGGCAAAAGCUCUUCAGCAAAAGGAAAGCUAGUCCGGGACUCUCAUGAGCGUCAGCCAAAAUCUGUGCACCCUGACAGCAAAGGCAUUUCAGACGAAAAUGUUCAAUUUAAUGAAAAUAUUGAGACUUUAAUACAAAGCAGCAUUGUAGCCAGUGAUGUGAAGGGUGGUGAAAGUACUAAGGAAAUGGGCCUACCUGAAAAGGCUGAUUCUGAUUAUAAAGAAAAGAAUUUGAAAGUCCAUCUGCCAAGAGUCCAAAAUGCUCAGUUUAAUGAAAAUAUUGAACCUGUAAUACAAAGCAGUGUUGACAAAGUUCACUCUGCUAUCAUAAAGGAAGUAAGUUCUGACUUCCAAAACAGUUUUGUAACCAGUGGUGUGAAGCGUGGGGAAAGUACAAAGGAAAAGAGCCCAUUUGAAGUGUCUGACUCUACUUAUAAGGAAGCAAAUUUGAAAGUCCGUCUGCCAAGAGUCUCUUUACAGGAUAAUACUAUGGGAAAUAAAUUAGAAACUGAAGCAGAAAAAUGCGUACAACUUGAUCAGAAUAGUUCAUUCCUAUGUAAUCAUAGCCAAAGCAAUGGCUUUGAAAGCAGCCAUGAACUUAAGGAUUCAGAUGAAGUGGUUGCUAGCUAUGAAAACACAGUCUAUUCAGAAGACUUCACCAAUGCUGACAGUUCUAGUGUGUUCUUGGAAGUUCCAGAGAGCAGCCCUGAACCUUUACUGGUAAACCCAAAGCAAAGCCAAUCUACCAUGGGUUUGGAUGCUAAAAUGUCUGAAAGAAGUUUGACACCUGAAGGUGUUUCACCUCCUCUUCCAAUACCUUCAGCUACAUCUCCUGUCCAGUCUCUUAAAAAGACAUCUGUUCUAAAAUCUAAUGGAAAAGACAUGAUUGUUGCUCUCGACAAACUGGAUGAGGAAGAACUUGUAGCUCAACAGUUCAAGAAAGAAGAGGGCAAAGAUGUGCAGCCCUUUCAGGACAAACAAAUGAGCUCUGACAUGAACGAUAACGUACCGACAGACCAGUCUUCUGUGGAAAAGAGCCACUCGCUAAGGACAUCCCAAGUUAGCUCAUACUUGCCAUCCAAUGUGUCUGACCUUGAUGUCAGUGGAUUAGAAGAAAGCAAAACAUCUGACAAAGAGGGGGAGAAUAUGCUGGACAUUACAAAUCAAUAUAGACAUGUCAGUGAACUAGUAGUAAACAAACUUCCAGGAUACACGAUGUAGUUUCCAAUAAUAAUGACUAAAUCAAAGUCAAAAAUGGCUUUAUUUGUAUCAACACAAGUAUUUUGCCUGGCUUUAGCAAACAUAGCAGGGCACUUCACCCUCCUAUCCUAAAUUGGGAGCUGAGCGCACUACUGUUUUCCCAUCAUCUGCAACUUAAAAGCAAGGUUGGAAGGGGAGAAAGUGAAUAAUAAUAAUUAAUAAACUUUAUUUGUUAGCCAGCCCAUAACAAAUUGUUCUCUGGGUGGAAAGUGAUCAUGUGGGAAGCAGCAACUGGGUAGGAGAGGUUUUCAUCGUACCUUAAUCAGCAGCUGGGUGCAGCUGCUGGGUAGGACAAACCUCCCCUACCCAACUAUUGCUUCCCACAUGAUUACUUCCGACUCUGACUAUGGUUUUAAGUUGCAGACAGUUGCAAACAAGAGCGCACUUAGCUCCUGAUUUAGGGUAGGAGACUUUCCUUACCCUAAUCCUGGUCAUGCUAACAAGCCUAGUUUGUUUGAUAAGCAAUCAGUGUACAAAAUAUAUUAUCAUUAUUUUGAGAUUAUUGUUUAAAGUAACAAUCCAGAGACUACACAACUAGUUCUAUGCAGCCACUUGGGCUUAGGAAUUGUUCUUCUUGAUAAAAGUCUCCUUUCCAUCUCCAAACACACACAUACUAUAGAAACUUAGUUUUAAAACUGUUGAUAUGGCAGAGAGGAAUGCUGUUAAGUCACCCACUGAGCAUUUGCAAGUCAUUGGAUAUGUUGAAAGUAGGUUUUUGACUACCACAUUAUUUUUCUUUUGACAGUGAAAGUAAACAAACAAAAGUAAAUAUUUUGUGAGUAGAAAAACAUUUACAGUGCAAUCCUACACUCAUUUGGGCUCCUUAUAUUCCAGGCAAAUUAGAAUUUUAGCAGAUUGACUAUGCACGAGAUUGUAGCCUUCGUUCAAGAGAAUUACAGUAAUAGCUAAGUGUUAAUUGUGGGUAAACAGUCAACUGCAGGAAUGAUUUUGUCACUAAAAUAUCAUUUCUUCAUGUCUUUUGCAAAUUUCUGAAAUUUAUGUAUUCCCUUGGUUUGCAUUAUUCCAUUCCAUCUUCAUUCUUGACAUAGGCUAUAAACCUAAACACAGAGAGUAAAUCUCAUUGAACAGAAUGGGACUUCUUUCUGAGUGAACAUGCUUAAGAUGGUGCUAUUUGUGUUGUUUUCCCUCAAGUAACCUGGAGGCAUUGAGAAUGAUCCCACAGCCAACUCCUGGUGGUCUCCAUUUUGUUUUAGUCUGACCAUUUCAUGCCUCAUUACCCACUAAAAAAAUUGGCAACUGGCAGCAGCUGGCUCUGGUAUUGGCACUUCACUCUGCUGUUUGAAGCUGCCACUAUAAUGAAAAAGGUUUUUAAAAAGAAAAAGACCCACAAGCCUCACAGAACAGGCAGGCACAUUUUGAGAGGACAACAAGUUGCUUUUGGGGAGCUUACUAACAAGGCUUACUGAAUGAUUAUUAAUUUGCACAGUUCAGUGCAAUCCUAUACUGUAUAUGUGCAUGUGACAUAAAUCCUACUGUGUUCAACACAGCUUACUCCCAAGUAAGUGUGCAUAGAACUGAGGUCUAAAAAUAAACAUUUUGGCCCUGACUCAUGUGCAUAGACUUGCAUUCCUACAUUGGGGCUUUUUACUUUCCUGAACAGAAAUUAUACAUGCACACAUCCCAAGCCAUGUUUGAGUGGCUUUUAAUACUUCAAGGACUUUAAAAAGCAGCUUGCAAAUUAACAUCUGGCAGCAGCUGGUGUUUGUAAAAGCAAAGAAGCUCUGUUUCACAUAAUUUCACAUUCUGUGAUUUGGAGGACAAGUUCUUUUAUUAUUUUAUUUUGAAGAUUGAAAACAAUGUGGUAUAAUCAAGCAACAUUAGUUGUCUAAAUCCAGUUGGAGUUAACUGAACUAAAAUAUACAGUUAAAUUGCUGAUUUCCAUGGCACAGGGCUGAAUCACAAACCCUUUAAAAUGUUUCUCUGCUUUUGGCUCUAGAAUAGAAAAGUGGUUGCUUAGUUUCAUGACAUUUACUAUUAAAGUGAGAAAAAUACUUUAGUGAAAUAGAACACCUUUAAGUGAAGCAAGAUAGUGAUGAAAACAAGGGUGAAGACAAAAAUGUCUGGUGUUUGGGAGUUUUUUGCUUAUAAAAACAGUGAAGUAUAUUAAAUGCUUCUCAAAAUACUCUCUAUUACAGAUAUACAGAAAUCAAUACUACAGUUUUAUAUACAUUUCAAAAGUGCUCUUAUUCAUCUAAUGAUGGAAGUUUCCUUGAUAUUAUUUAAAAUUUCUACAUCAAUAAAAUAAAGAGUGAACCCCUCACCAACUAUUGAAUACCUGGUUUAGGUUUAGGAAUAAAAUUCAGCCUUAUAUAUUAAUGUUAGAAUCUGUCAUUUUUUUAGAUGUAAUUUUGCCAGAACAGUGCCUUCAGAGAAUUUUUGCUAUGAGAAAGUCCAAACUAAGUUUUUUGUUACUUUACAGAAGGUUAGUAGUACUUCAAAAACAUGUCAACCAAUAUUUCAGGUUUAUUAAGCUUGAUUUAUUAAUCAGAUUUAUCAGUUGACUUCUUUUGACAAAUUAAUGAUUGUAAUAGAGAAAUUGAAUAUAUUCUAGUUUAUAUAAAAUUUUAAUAUUAUUAAUAGUUUGAUUCUUGUUAUGGAAAAGAUAUAUUGGACAAAUAAUAAUGGAAGCAGCUGGGUUAAAAUUAAUCAGGGCAUCGAAGCCUCUACUUGUUGUAAUUCUUUAAGUAUCAUAUAAAUUUAUUUUUGCAUGGUACCUUAUACCAGAGGUUUCAUAGAAUAUUCCAGGUUAACAUUUUUUGCAUAUUGGAAAUGCAAAGUUCUAGAAAGGAAAAUUUAUAUAAUCUGUGGUGGCUGUAUCUCAAGACUAUUCAGUACUGAGUGCAAGUUAUUUGGAAAGUCAUGUGGGAAAGAUUGAAUUGUGAUUAUUUGACUGUGUAUUAUUGAAUGACAAAUAGGUGGUGAAAGACUGAAAUGGCUGUUAAGUGCAAACCUUUUAGUUGCGACAAAAGUUAUUUGAGCAUGACCCUGUUAAUCCCCACUAUGGAUACGCUGGAAAUAUCUCCCCUUCCCCCAGUGACAUUUUUUGGUAAUACUUUGGAAUUCCUUUUAUGGUGUACAUGCUCCCCACGCGCGCGCCCCCCCCCCAUGUAUCACUGUUUAUCCUACUACGAUUUUGUCAUUUUCUUGUAUAAUUUAAUAAAACAGCUACUGCCUA